GGGAACUUGGCAGGCUCUUCCAUGGCAGUUGUAGUAUUCCUCCUGUUCUUAUGUGGGCACUCCCAGGCUGUUGCAGACAGCAUCCAGACCAUCUACGUAGCCUCCGGGGAGUCAGUGGAGAUGCCGUGUCCCUCACCUCCCUCCCUACUUGGGGGCCAGCUUUUAACCUGGUUCCGCAGCCCUGUAGCAGGCUCCUCCACCAUCUUGGUGGCUCAGGUCCAAGUAGACAAGCCAGUCUCAGACCUUCGGAAACCCGAACCCGAUUCCAGGUACAAACUCUUCGGAAAUUAUUCCUUAUGGCUGGAGGGGUCCAGAGAUGAAGACGCUGGACGGUACUGGUGUACUGUGAUGGAUCAGAACCACAAGUACCAGAACUGGAGGGUGUAUGACGUCUCUGUGCUUAAAGGAUCCCAGUUCUCUGUGAAGUCUCCAGAUGGCCCCUCUUGCGCUGCCCUCCUGUGCUCUGUGGUCCCUGCCAGGCGUCUGGACUCUGUGACCUGGCUAGAGGGAAGGAAUACCGUGAGAGGACAUGCUCAGUACUUCUGGGGAGAAGGGGCUGCCCUGCUCUUGGUGUGUCCCACAGAGGGGCUUCCUGAGACCAGGGCCCGUAGGCCAAGGAAUAUCCGCUGCCUUUUGCCUCAGAACAAAAGAUUCAGCUUUAGCCUGGCAGCAGCUUCCGCGGAACCCUCCCCUACUGUUUGUGCCACUCUCCCGAGCUGGGACGUGCCCUGGAUACUGGUGCUGUUGUUCACAGCAGGCCAAGGGGUCACCAUCAUAGCCCUCAGCAUAGUGCUCUGGAGGCGGCGGAGGGCCCAGGGGUCUCGGGACAGAGAACCCUCAGUUCCUCAUUUCAAGCCUGAAGUCCAGGUCUAUGAGAACAUCCACUUGGCCCGCCUUAGCCCACCUAACCACAAGACCAGGUGAUCCUGGAGAUAUCUGCGUGGAAAAGCCUGACCCACAGUCCUGUGUCUCUAGCCACUGGCACCUGAAGGAUUCCCUGGAACUUUGGCCAAGGGGUGGCUGAGGGUGUGACUCGUACUGGGCUUCCAAGAGCCACCAAGCUGGAGG